CAGAGUGGAUCAGUCUGAACACCGGAGAGCGAAGGAUGCUCAGGUUUUAUGUGCUCUUGGUUUCUCUCUUGAGAGCCUAUGGUGCGCUGCUCUAUGCUAACCUCGGAGACGAUGUGACUUUAUUUUGUCGCUAUGCCUCCGAAGCCAAAUAUCUGCUCUGGUACAAGCAGGUUGCAGGGGAGCAACCUCAGAUAAUAUCCUCUUUCUACAAACAUUCAAUCUCCAGCUUCCACAACCAGUUUCAAGGCAACCAACGAUUUUCUGUUCAAACUGGACAAGGGUUCUACCAUCUAAAGAUUUCUGAUAUCCAGGAUUCAGAUGCAGCCAUGUACUACUGCGGACAAAACAACAUGAUAGGCACCGAAUUUGACGAUGGAACGCUGUUGGUUUUAAAAGAGUCUAGUUGCUGGUCUUUCCUCCAGCAGCCAGAGUCUGACUCGGUGCAAACUGGAGGCUCUGCGACUCUGAACUGCACGGUUCUUGCUGAUGGAAAACGCAGCGUCUACUGGUUCAAAAAGGACUCGGAAAGCUCCCACUUGGGAAUCAUCUCCCCCCAAACUAACAGCAGCAGUCGGUGUGUGAAGAACUUUGAAUCUCCUGAACAGAGGUGUGUGUUUAGUUUGCCAAAGAGGAACGUGAGCCUGUCUGAUGCUGGGAUGUACUACUGUGCUGUGGCUUCAUGUGGAGAGAUACUGUUUGGGAAAGGAACACGACUGAAUGUUGAAGAGAAACAACGAAAAACCUUCCCUGUCGUGACGCUUGUUGUGGUUUCAGCUCUGGUUGUGUCUGUUUUGUUGAACAUCAUCCUUUUUGGUAUCCUCUGCAAAAUGGCCAAGAAAAAAAAUCUUCAAUCUCAAGGGUUGCAGCCCCAGCCGAGCGUUUCAAAAUACACCACCGACCAUCAGCGUGAGGAGUUUAACGCCGUGCAGUAUGUAGCUCUGGACUUCAAGAAGAGGCAAAGCACAAGCAAGAGGCAGAAAAACACAGAGGAAGAGACCAUUUAUUCUGGAGUUAAACUGUCAGAGUUGGAGUGACUUGUCUGUCAAAACUCUCUACCACCGACUGUAAGUUUAAUUACUGUGAAUAUCUGUAAUUACAUUAAGCAACUUUUGUAUUUUAAAUGCAUUUGGUAAUCUUUAGACCUGCAUAUGCUUAAUUGUAAAGGUAAAUAACUUUAAAAAAAAAAAUGGAUAUAUUCAAGACUAUAGAUGAUUUUUCCGUUUAUAAAAGACAAUGUUCUGAACAUUUUCAGCUCCACAAAUAUGAAGGAUUAUAUAUUCAUUAAAUGCAUUGAUAAAAUGCUAUUUCUAAAAAUUGAUUCCUGACUUGGUGACUACAUAUGUAUUAAUGUUUUGCAUUUAACCUUUUCCCAAACAAACCACAGCGACCUUCAUAAAGUUGGGGAACUCACAAGAGACAGAUUACCAAAAAGAUCACAUGAAUGACAGAAUAAUCAAAAUUCUAAAGAAAUAAUAAUAAUAAAUUUGGUUGGGUGCAUUCAUUUCUGCAUACAUUGGACCCUACAUUCCUAAAAAGUAAUUCAAAGCAUGGUUACAAGAUAAAAGUUGUACCUUAAGGAUUUAGAUAAGGUUGUUAAUUUGCUAUUCUUUUAAUGUGUUUAGUUGACAUAAUGUCGGGUCUACACUGUGUGCAAUUUCAUCUCAAAUUUUUGCAUCAGCUUACUUGACACUGAAUUCAAGUUGAGGCAACUCAAUGAAAUGGGCUUCAUAACUACACUUUUGUUCACCUUGAGAUCAGAAUUUCAUGUCAAACUUUUGUUGGAGCAACCUAAUUUUGUUAACUUGUUGAGAAUCAUGGUAAUUAGGUACGUAAUGGUUAAAAAAUCAUUUUAAGUAACAUGGAGAUAUUAGUUUAGUUGUAAAACUUGAUUAUUGUAUAUCUAUGGGAACUUAAAAGCUUGUUUUUAUUUUAUAAAUCCUGAAGUAAAUGGUACAAUAUCUUUGAUUGUAGUUACUGUAUCACUGCUAAUUGCUCAUUUUCUUAACUCAGUUUAGUU